UAUUUCUACUUCAUGGUCACCAAAUAUUUUAAGAAUGUAACGGUUUAUGAAUAUUGUAACUCGUACACGAGACGGAAGACAUUACUUUUAGCUAUUCCUGAUAUUAUGAAGAAAAACUUUGAACACAUGAGAAUUACCCUGACUUUUACCUGUGAUACUGGAUCGGAAUCUAUUAACUUUUCACAAUUAAAAGAAAUCAAUAUUAAGAAAGAUUAUUUUCAAUUGAGGUUUUUUGAUAUAAAUGUGACAAAACUUUCUACGGGGAGAAAAAUCAUCCAGCCUCCUCUUGAAGUUAACUGUCCUUACCUUUUUCACCAUGGCAUAAAGUUUCCAGGGAGUAAAGUUUUUCAAGAAUAUCAUGUAAAUGUAUCUGAGACUUUCGUUGAUCAAUCAGUUGGAUUAAAAUCAACAAGUGAGUUUAUUAUCGAAACUCUGGAGGAAAUUUCUUCAAUCAAAAGAUUUCAAGGUGGGGUUCUCAUGGAAUCAAUCAAUGAUUAUCGUCUUGGACUCAAGUACGUUCUAGGUACUAAUAAGGAUAAUGGUCGAAAGUGCAAAGUUGAACCGAUUCCCAUCGAUAGUGACACAAUCACCUUGACCUACAGUCAAUUGAGCUUCAAUAAAGUCGCUUGGCUUGACUUAGAAUACGAUUACAAAGGACAAUAUCUACUCUCAUGGGAGCCGAAAAAUAUUACCUUUAAUGUUUGGAGAGCGGUUGAAUCUGACAAAACUGAAAACGAUAUUAUUUAUAAUAAUAUUUCUACAACUUUAUAUAUGCUUGAAAAGUUAUCAUAUGAGGAAGAAUUUCAUGUUACCAUCAAUGACGAAGACACUUUUUCCGGUUAUAUUCUGGUCUAUGCGACCAGAGAUUUAUAUCCAAUGUAUGCAAAUAAAAAAAUAUCACAAGUAAGAAGAUUUUUCAAUUUCACAAUGAAUAUUGAUGGGAUUCGUUCAUCAGCAUCACGUAGACACCAACAGUUACUCAGUAAUUGUUACGAUGAUAGUGAUAAUAUUGCUAAUAUUACUCUGAACCUGAAAAUAGCAAAAACUGAUAAUUUUAAUGAUACAGAAUCAGAGCUUAAUCUUAUCGAGGUUGAGAAAUCUCUUAUACGAAUUAUCAGCAACUUCUUGCACAUUUCAUUUCUACGGAUCAUCUCGAUAAAUUUAACAUCCCCUUCAAAGAUUUACAUCAAUGCAACAAUUAGAAUAGCCGAAGCAAUAGAUCUAUUGGAUUUACACUCGAAAUCAUAUCGUAAAUUUAAUCGCAAUACUUUAGCACAAUUUGAUUCUAUUGAUGCAGAAAACGAUGAUGAUUGUUUAAUCCAACAAGCUGAAAGACACGAUACGAGCUAUGUAAUUAGUUGUGAUUCUGAGCAAAUUAAUUAUUGCAUCAGGCUUUCUACUGGACAACCACUUCCACAAGAAGAUUCAACUGGAACUGUUUGUUUAGUUUACAAUAAUUUCCAUGAUACUUUGGCUUCAUUUACCAAAGAAACACCUUUAGCCAGUCUCUUGAAACCAGCAUUCACCUUACGGGGCAUCAAAUUCCUUGUCAGCGAUUCACAUUUCCAAAUUCUCGAUGCUUGGACAUCAAAAUACGAAAACGCCAUCGUUACAAUGGCACCAGAUAAAAAAACGAAAGAAUUUGUAGAGACAACUAAACCGGAGCAAGAGAAAAUAAUUGGAGAAACACCGAAAAGGAGCAAUGCUACUCACAUUAAACUUCAAAAGUACAAUAGUACCACGAAUUAUGUUCAAAAACCAUCACAUUUGGUUCGACAUUUGGUUUUAACGAUUGUAUUGAUUUUAACUUUUGUUCUGAUUGGAUUUGGCUUAAAAAGAUGGAGUUACAGUCGAUCAAUUUACUCGAUAUCAGAGGUUGUAUCUCUUACAACAUUGGACCAAGAAAUGUCAAAAUAAUGAAGUUCUAUCAGAUCGAACUUCUCAUCUAAUAACUUUAAUGGACAUUUAUCGAAAAACAAUUUUCAAACAUUCGUCUUAUAUUAAUUUACAUAAAGCUCAUUCACAAAGAUAUAACGUUUACCUUUUUGAUGCCAAGUUCGAGCACCAUAAAUACAAAUUAUUGUAAUAAUAAAAGUGAAUUUCAUUGAAUUAUU